AUGCCGAAGCCAAUCGUCCUCCACAUCGGCGAGCCGAUCAAGUACAACCACGAGUUCUACGAGAGCGACUUCCUGUCGCGCUUCCAGGUCGUUCGGAAUGAGGAUUUGAACCGCCAGUCAUUCACCAAGGCAUUGGAAGACAAGAAAUAUGGCAACUUCUCAGCCAUCUUCCGCCCACACUUCCAAACCGGUGGCGAAAUGGGCCAAUGGGACUCAGAACUGAUACCUCUCCUUCCACCCUCCUGUCGGAUAUUCGCCUCCGCCGGAGCAGGCUACAACUGGGCCGACGUGGACUUGCUCGCCCAACGCAAGAUAUGGUACGCAAACGGAGCAGGCGCGUCCGAUGAGGCCGUCUCAGACACCGGGCUGUACAUGAUUCUGUCGGUAUUCAGGAACUUUACCCGAUCACAAUUGGCGGCGAGGACAUGUGACACGGGCGAGUUCGAGAGGACACAUAAGUUGAUCGCGACCAUCAGUGCGAAUCCGAGGGGGCAUAUACUGGGGGUUGUGGGAUUGGGAAAUAUCAGUAAAAAGCUGGCGUAUAAGGCAAGGAUGGCACUCGGGAUGGACAUUCACUACUUCGAUGUGGUACGAGCGAGCCCGGAAGAAGAGGGGGCCUUAGGCGCGACCUUCCAUGAGAGUUUGGACGAUCUAUUGAAGAUUGCGGACUGCAUCUCGUUACACACACCCCUAAACAAGCACACCAAAGACCUCAUUGGCGAAAAGCAACUGGCGAUGAUGAAGAAAGGAUCGCGCAUCAUCAACACCGCGCGAGGACAGGUGCUGAACGAAGACGCACUCGUAGCGUCGCUAGAAAGUGGACACAUCAAUGCUGCGGGCAUGGACGUCCACUACCACGAGCCGCAGGUCUCGAAGAAGUUGGCAGCUAUGCCACAGGUUACGCUCACAACACAUAUCGCUGGUGGAGCGCUCAACACGCGCAUCAAUUUCGAGCUCAAUGCUAUGAAGAAUAUAAUGAGAGUCGUGGGACCAGAUGGAGAGUUCACGGGGGAUGAGCCCAUGACGCCUGUAAAUAGGAAGGCCUUCCUUGCUGCUUAG